UAGUCAUUCAAGCAUAUUUGUGGCGUUUUGUUAGUCAUACAAUAAUACGGAUCGUCGCCUUAACAAAGCUAGCCAGUGUUGAAAUUUUCGAAAACUAGUCAAUUUACAAAUAUCCUGAUAUGCAAAAAAUAAAAAAUUAACAACGCGCUCGACAGUGAAACAUUUGCAAUUUUUAAAUUCAAUAAAGUGAAAGUGCCAAAAUAGAAGUACAGAAAAAUACAAUUGAAACAAAAAAAUUUAAAUGAUUUUUUCCACAAUAAAACUACUCAGCAAUGAUUGAUGAACAGCAUCCCAUACAAGUUGCCACGUUACCAUUGGGCCUCAAGUGUCAUACGCCAAUACAUCAACAACAACAACAGCAAUUGUCGCCACAACAGCAAUCCGCAAGCAUGAUGAUGAGCGGAAGUCAAAGAAUGUUAACAACACUGGCUACAGCAUUGAAAACAACAACAACUUCCGGCGCGACAACAAGUGACAAUGGCACCGGCACUGGCGCUACACACGAGGCGACCAAACCGAUGACAACAACAAGCAUCAAUACUGCGACAACGAUGCCAGCAUCUAUGGUGGCCGCAACAGCAUUGACGGCAAUAGGCAGCAUUGCCGGUUUGGGGGGCGUGGCCGGCGCUUCAGCAAUGACGGUUGGCGCUGCUGUGCCCACUUCCCGCGAGGUGUUGUGUGGUGGGGGUGGUGUCAGCGCAGUGGCCUGCGGUGAAAUAAACGGAAAUCCGACAACACCAACCGCAUCGGCAGCAGCGGCCGCAGCAGCAGCGACAUCGUUUUAUACAAAUGUCAUAGGAAAUUGCAAUGGCCACAAAAAUAAUGGCAAUGCCGGCAAUGAUAACAAAUGCUACAACAAUGUCGAUAUGAAGGCGAGUAAUGCGAGCAGUGUUGGACAAAGACUAGAAGCACAACAACAGCUGCAACAACAACAAUUACAGUUACAACAACAACAACAGCAAAUGGCGCUGCAUGUACCAGUCACUGGUCCAGGGCCUGGUCGACCACCCUCCACUUGCUCCCCAAACGCCGUACACCCCUCUUUGUAUGGCAGCGACAGACAAGCAUUGGGCGAUUUCAAUAUGAACGUUGUUGGCAACAAUGAAAGUAUCGGUGGUGUUGGCAUCGUCAACAAUGAUGCCUGCCCCAUGGCUGCCAUGUACACCGCAAAUAUCAACAACAACAGUUGUAUUGACCACAACGGCAAUAGUAACCUUACUAAUUGCCUGAAUGGCAACAAUGACAAUACAAACAACACCAAUAACAACAACAGCAGCAUGUUCCUUGCCAUGCAACGUCACGCGGCGGACAAUUGCGCAACGUUGCAACACAAACAACAACAACAGCACUUACAACUGCAUUUUGGUACGCAUUUGCAUGGACAAUUCGCGCACGACGACCAUUCGCCUUGUGCAACACCCCCCAUGCCACCGUCAACACUGCACAAUGGCAAUAAAUGUGAUGCGCUCUCUACCGCCGCCGUAGCUGCCGUGCUCGGACUGCCGGUGGCAUUGCCUUUGUCAUUGUCAUUGCACUUGCCAUCAUUGUCAUCGUCAGCGUCCGCCGCUUGCCGCACCGCCUUGACUUCGGACCCAGCAGCAGCUGGGGGAACGCAGUGUGCCUAUUGUUGUCAGCCAAUUUGUGAUCGUUAUAUAAUGCGUGUCGUGGACACUUCAUUUCACGAGGGCUGCCUCAAGUGCGCCACUUGUGCGCUGCACUUGGUGCACUCCUGUUAUGCGCGCGAUGGCAAACUCUAUUGUCGCAUCGACUAUGAAAGACAAUUUCUACGCAAUCGCUGCCUCGGCUGUGGUCACCGAAUCGCCUGCGAUGAGCUGGUUAUGAGAACAUUUGACAGUGUUUUCCAUUUAAAGUGCUUUGCAUGCGUCGUAUGCGGUGGACUCUUGAAAAAGGGUGAACAGUACGUGGUGAAACAAGGUCAACUAUUUUGUCGCUUGGACUAUGAAAAAGAAGUCGAGAUGCUGCAAGGCUACGAUUUCUACGGCGAUGACUUAUUUGCACCUAAAUUGGAUGGCAGGCGUGGACCGAAACGCCCACGCACCAUACUAAACACACAGCAAAGGCGCGCAUUCAAAGCAUCCUUUGAACUGUCACCGAAACCCUGUCGUAAAGUGAGAGAGAACUUGGCAAAGGAGACUGGUUUAAGUUUAAGAAUUGUACAGGUUUGGUUUCAAAAUCAACGCGCCAAAGUGAAAAAAAUCCAAAAGAAAGCAAAGCAAGAGCAUACAAAGGGUGCAAGCGACUCCCAGGAUUCUCAAGAAUCGGACAACAGCAAUUUGGCGAAGAUUAAAGACGAGGCGCACAGCGACAGCGAAUCUCUGCUGGAUUCGCCGUAUUCCGCGUGCGGCCGCUCUGGCGGCAUAGGUGCUGGUGGCGGUGGCAGUGGCGCCUCUUGUGCGGAUAGCGCGGUAAAAAUGCGCCCCAUCAAAGACGAAAACGAGAAUACGUCAUUUAAUUGCAUGGAAACCAAUAAAGAGAACUGCAACAAAACGAACGAGCCUUUUCUGAGCACCGUACUCGGCCUGAGCUACUCCACAUUUCAACAGCUGAUGGGACCGCUGACACAAUCACCCAUGGUGAAUCCCAUCGAUCGACUCUACAGCAUGCAGAACUCCUACUUUCGGCCGGAGGAACUGGCAUAUAACGGGUGUUCUAAAGACUUAGUUGAGCCUUAGAAAUGAUGGUAGGGCUCAAAUGAAUGAAAUAUUAUAUAAUACAUUUUAGUCGUGAUAGUUGUGUAUAAAUAUAUGUUUGUAUAAUUCAACGUUAGUGAAAAUAAAAUAAACAAUAAUAUUAUUUUAUAAAAACACAAAAGCGUAAGCAAAAUAGCGAAAUCAAAAAUGAAACGGUACUACGUUUAUAACGAUACCGAUUAGUAGCGGUUAAUAGCGUAAAAUGCAUAAGAAUAAAAACAAAACAAAA